GCGGCAGCUCAGAUCAGGCUAACGUUACUGCACUGAGAAAUGAGAGACGAGCUGAGGAUCACAUUUCUCUGCAGUCCAUUGGCUGGUCUCUAGAGAAUCAUGGUCUUCAGGAACCUCUGUUCAGUAGUCUUAAAGUCCUUCCUCCUGAAGAUCAGCAGGCUCAAACCCCUCCAGCUCCAGCUUACCAAGGCAAGCGUUUGGAGGGUGACCUUGAGGUAUUGUCAUUCUCUUACAUUAUUUAACUGGCAAAUAGUUUCGUCUCACUAAAUUCAUUUUAAGAUGUCUUAGAGUGUAUAAUGCUCACUAUUUAAUGCAUUUUGAAGUCUAAUCUUUUUGUGUGAUGUUCAUAGACACUAACCCUGAUUUGUGUUUUUUCAUUAGCCUGUUAGUGAAGGAAAUGGUAGUCAGGAGAGACAGAGGAGGAGAAAGAGUAGUUUUGAGAAGCUGCCCUCUCUUCGUUUAUUUGACUGGAGCAGCAGUUCAGGUCAGGGUCAGAAAGUGGAGGUCCAGAUUAUUGCAGCCACCAGUGAGAGACGAGCUGAGGGUAAAUCAGACAACCAUUUGACAAUGUGCAUGACAAUGUCAUGAACCCUAAUAAUUUUAAGCUCGAUAUGAGUAUCCAUUAAUAGAUACUUAAAUUAUAAAUUAGGGUAAUUUAUCUGUUUUCAAGGAUGAUGUGUCAUUCAUCACAAUAUGGGAAAAAUCCACAAUAUCACACACUUUAAUUCAACUGAAGUUUGAUCAGGACCACAAUCAGAUUUUUAUUCCAGGAUAUGUUAUCUUUAAACACAGAUGAAACCAAGCAGACAUCUUUCAUCAUUGGCCCAAAAAGAAAAAGAAGUUCUUUUAGCGAUCAGGUGUACGACUCCCAUCAGAGUACGCCACCACCAACAUCCAGCACCAAUGCGGCUGAGAACCAUCUGCCCAUUGGUGCUAGUCAAGAACAUGAAAUGCCAGUGAGAAAGAAAAGGAGGACAGAGAGUUUUGAGAAGCUGCUGUCUCUUAAAUCUGUUAAAUGGAGCUGCGGUUCAGAACAGGCGAUGAUAUAUGAGAGACAAGUAGAAGAUCAUAUUUCUCUGCAGUCCAUUGCCUGGUCCGUAGAGGAUCCUCUAGAGGAACCUCUUUCCAGCGAUCUUGAAGACCUUCCUCCUGUAGAUCAGCAGGUUCAAAGCCCUCCAGCUCCAGUCCACCACAGUCCAGUCGGUCCAGCAUCAGCUCACAACAGCAUAGUGGACUUGACAACUGAAGAUGACAUUCUGAGCCGGUAUGAAAUCGGCAAAAUGCUUGGUGAGGGAGGAUUCGGCUGCGUCUAUGAAGGGAAACGCUUGGAGGAUGGCCUUGAGGUGGCAGUGAAAAUUGCCAGCAAGCCAAAGAACAUGAAAUACAUCUACGUUCCUGGUCAUCCCGCACCCCUUCCGUUAGAGGUCGGCCUUUUACUCCUUGUUAACAAAGAGCCCAGAGCUCCAGAGAUCAUUCAGCUGCUGGACUGGCAGGACCAGCCUGAACGUUACAUCAUGGUCAUGGAACGGCCGUCCCCCUGCAAAGAUCUGUGGGAUUAUGUGAUGCUUCAGGGAGGCUUCCUCAGCGAGGACAUAGCACGGUUUAUCAUGGCGCAGACAACAAAGGCCGCUCACACGUGCUGUCAGCGAGGAGUAUUUCACCGGGACAUCAAGCUGGAGAACCUGCUGAUCAACCCAGAAACACUUGAGGUCAAACUGAUUGAUUUCGGGUGUGGGGAUCUCCUGCAAGACUCCGGAUAUGAAAGAUUUUGUGGAACACCAGAGUACUGCCCGCCUGAGUACUAUGUGGACCACAAGUACCAUGGGAAGCCAACAACUGUAUGGUCCCUGGGAGUGCUCUUGUUCAUCCUGGUGUGUGGACACUAUCCAGAACCCAGAGACAUAGAGUUGAUUGACUACAGCGCCUGGUUUGAGCCUGACUUGUCAAACGAUAAGACUGAAUGCAGCCACCUGAUUCGGUCCCUGCUGAAUGAAAGCCCAAGCCAGCGGAUUGAUUUGGGGGAAAUCCUUCUACAUGAUUGGUUUAAGAUCACCAAACCAACAUGGAGGAAAAUGUGAAUAAUGGUAAACAGAGCAACGAGAGGUUCCUGUGAAAGCCGCUCCUGCCACGGCCGCACCAGAGGUUCCUCUAUUGGCUGUCACAGAGUUUUCAGGCUCGGUCUCUCCAUCCUUCAGCUUACUGCCCGGCGUCUGCGUCUGCGUCGUCCCUCAGUGCCUUAGCAUCUUGCAAGGCUGCCAAACCCUGGUAGCAUCUGGCUCCUCGGUUUGAGGCAGUAAUAUUUGUGUCUGGCAGUAUUACUUGCAUAUUUGGUGACCACAUAUGUAAAUGCACUGUAAAUAGUAUUUUUUCUAAAAUAUGUAAAAUAUUAAAUAUUA